AUGGGCAGCACCAUGGAGCCCCCCGGGGGCGGCUACCUGCACCUAGGUGCCGUGACGUCUCCCGUGGGCACGGCCCGCGUGCUGCAGCUGGUCUUCGGCUGCACCACCUUCAGCCUGGUGGCCCACCGGGGCAGCUUCUCGGGUGUCCAGGGCACCUUCUGCAUGUCAGCCUGGGGCUUCUGCUUCGCGCUCUCCGUCCUGGUGGUGGCCUGCGAGUUCACCCGGCUACACGGCUGUCUGCGCCUGUCCUGGGGAAACUUCACGGCGGCUUUCGCUAUGCUCGCCACGCUGCUGUCUGCUACGGCGGCAGUCAUCUACCCACUGUACUUCACCCGGCUGGAGUGUCCGCCUGAGCCCGAGGGCUGCACGGCCAGGAACUUCCGCCUGGCAGCCAGCGUCUUCGCCGGGCUCCUCUUCCUGGCCUACGCUACGGAGGUGGCCCUGACCCGGGCCCGGCCAGGCCAGGUGGCCAGCUACAUGGCCACAGUAUCAGGCCUCCUCAAGAUCGUCCAGGCCUUUGUGGCCUGCAUCAUAUUCGGGGCGCUGGUCCAUGAUAGCCACUAUGGGCGCUACGUGGCCACCCAGUGGUGUGUGGCCGUCUACAGCCUUUGCUUCCUGGCCACGGUGGUGGUGGUUGUCCUGAGUGUGCUGGGUCACACCGGGGGCCUGGGCUGCCCCUUCGACCGUGUGGUGGUGGUGUACACCUUCCUGGCCGUGCUCCUCUACCUCAGUGCUGCAGUGAUCUGGCCCGUCUUCUGCUUCGACCCCAAGUACGGUGAGCCUGGGCGGCCCCCCGAUUGCCCAAAGGGCAGCUGCCCCUGGGACAGCCAGCUGGUAGUGGCCACCUUCACUUACGUCAACCUGCUCCUCUACGUCGCUGACCUGGCCUACUCCCAGAGGAUCCGCUUCGUGCCCACCUUCUAG